UCGUGUUUUCCUGUCCCUAAGUGACUUCCGGGCGGGAAUAUCACCGUAUCACGUGGAAAGCGCCUGCUGCUCCUGUUUGUGGUGUCAGGGCGUCAACAUUCAGAUUCAGUUGCUGGUAUUUGACUCCGAAGAAGCACUUGAACUGCACAGAUAUGGGAGAGCCGCACGUAUCUGACUUCCCUCCUGAAGUUCAACUUCCUUCUGCAGAGAGCAAAUAUGAGAGCCGAAUUUCCGCAGCUCGUUCAGCUUUCCGCAAGGCUUAUGGACAGGACCCACUUUUCUUCACUCAUGCCCCUGGAAGGGUGAACUUGAUUGGGGAACACGUAGACUACUGCGGCUAUGCUGUUCUUCCAAUGGCCCUGCAGCAGAACAUCGUUGUGGCCUGUGCCCCAAAUGGCUCCAACACGUUAAACCUUGUCAACGUUGAAGACGGACGUUACCCCAGUCACUCUGAGAAGAUGGACUUGUUGAAAAUCGACGACAUUGCACCGCAGUGGUAUCACUAUUUUCUUUGCGGCGUCAAAGGAGUCGUAGAAGAUGAGGAGGCUGGUGAUAGGCCGAGUCGAGUGACUGGGAUGGAUGUGGUGGCGCAUGGCACUGUGCCUCCGUCUGCUGGGCUUUCGAGCUCCAGUGCAGUCGUAUGUGUUGCUGCUUUGGCUACACUUUGGUUACAAGGCACCAGAAUGAGCAAGAUGAGGCUGGCUACGCUGUGCGCAAAAAACGAACGAUACAUUGGCACUCAAGGGGGAGGCAUGGAUCAGGCUAUUGCAUUUUUGGCUGAGCAAGGAAGCGCAAAGCUAAUCCAGUUCAACCCCCUAAAAACAACCAACGUUCCCUUACCAAGUGGGGCAACCUUCGUUGUAGCCAAUAGCUGCGUCGAAAUGAACAAAGCUGCUACCUCCCACUUCAACACUCGUGUUGUCGAGUGCCACCUUGCAGCUAAGCUAAUUGCCAAGUCUCAAGGCCUCAAUUACGAGAAAAAGCUUCAACUAGCCGAUGUUCAGGCAAUGCUAAAGACACCUUUGGAAGAAAUGGUGGCCUUGGUACAGAACGUGCUGCAUCCAGAGCCCUAUAAGAGAUCAGAGUUGUGCCAACUACUUCAAAUGAAUGAUGCAGAGUUUGAAGCGUUGGUGCUUGGAAAGAACACAAAGCAUCUUCAAGAGUUUAAGCUAUACCAGCGAGCGUUGCACGUAUACAGUGAAGCAAACCGUGUCUGGCAGUUCAAGGAUGUUUGUGACAGGACAGAAACCCUGUCAGAAAAUGAGAUCCUGACCUCACUGGGCAAGCUCAUGAACGAAAGCCACAACAGCUGCCGAGACCUCUACGAAUGCAGCCACCCUGAUCUAGACCUCUUGGUUCAAACGUCUCUGAGGGCUGGUGCCUUGGGGUCAAGGCUGACAGGCGCAGGGUGGGGAGGAUGUACCGUCACGUUGGUGCCUUCGGAAAAAGUACCCGCGUUUCUGGACCAAGUGAAACAGGAGUUCUACAGAGAUAGAGGGAUACACGAUGCUUUGGACUCCCUAAUUUUUGUGACUCAGCCCGGCGAAGGGGCAGCGGUGAUUCUUCCCUAGUCUCGAGGGCUCUAAUGCUAUCUCAUACUUUUAAAGGGCAUUCCAUGUCGAGUCAUAUAAUGUGUGAUCAUUUUUAUUAUACACGUUUGUUCUUGAACUUAUAUCUUGGGGCAUUACAUACACAUCAGUGAGCCUUCAGCAACAAUUGCAGAGUGCACAGCCGAAAUUCUGUAUACAAGACAUCCCACUAGGAAUGGUAUGAAAAGGCAGUCUUUAGUAAUAUCUAGAGGGUACUUUUACUGCAGAUUUUAGAAGGAUCAGGGAGCAAUUCCUACACAGUGAGGAUUUGUGUAAAAGAAACAUAAGAUUUCAGUACAACUCUGACAUGACUCUGAAGUAACAGGCACUUUAUGUGUUGGCCCUUAAUGUUUUUUUUUUCUUUUUUUUUAUCGGGUGGCAAAAAGGUUGGGUUUUAUUUCGCGAGCUGUAAAACAGGGUAAAAUUGGGUGACACAAGGUGGACAAGAAACAAAUUUUCAGGUGAAGGUGCUUCUUGUAUUUCAGAUGAACAUGAUCAACACUUCUGAACUGAAAUUGAAAUGAAUAGUGCUUAGCAUUCUCCGAUGCCCCCAUAUUGGUGGCUUAAUUUGCAUUUUUCAAAUUUGUAUUCGGGGCUUUUUGGGUUUUACCCAGACUGACAGUGGUGCAAAUAGGGGUAAAAACGAUUUUACUGGGUCAAGCGUUGGAACGCAAAGGCCUAUACGUGUGUAAUCAAACCCAUUUGGGCUAGCACGAGUCCAUGUAGAUGAUCUCAGUGUAGCUUAUGCUGUAUUCUACAGAAAGGAUGGUAGGGUAUCCUCACGGAGCAUUACAGUAAGUAUUUGGUUAAUGAGACUCCAUAGCAGUCGUCAAGAAAAAUGAUAAAGGAAGAAUGAACCACGAAGUCAGAGUAACUAUUUAAUACGUAAGCUUUCGGGCAGAGCAUGCCAUUCUUCAGGUCUGAAGGGAAGAAGGGUCUUCAUUCUUUCGUUAUUAUUAUUCUUGACGUCUCAACAAGCAAGCUGGACUGUGUAUUACUUUACCCUCUUGAUCUCUCCAUAGCAGUCAAAGAAAGUACGAUAUAAACAGUGAGCAUGAAGAGUUCCGUGCAUGUGAAACAUGGACUCUUAAUUCUUCCAAAAAUAAUUUGCACAUAUAAAUUGUAUUGAAUGAAUGGUGCUGGUGCUUUCACACUUAACACGUGUCACGUUGAUAUAGUCCGUCCCUCUUGUCAGCGAGCCCCACUGGAGGGAGAGCUUAAUAUCAGCGUGCUGGGGAAAAAACAAAAACUAUGCAAACUGCAGCUGUACUGCACAAUUUUUAUUUUCAUCCCAGAGUACAUAAUUCGAAAAUCUCUCAGCCUUGCAAUUCAAGUGGACAGUGCUGUACAAAAGUUUACGGAACACUAGCAGCAAACUGGACCAUACGGAGUUGCAAGCAGGUAACUGGGUUACCUAGGCACAUGUCUGUAAGUCCGUACGGUCCCAUUUGCUGCUAUUCUGAGUCGAAAGAAUGCGUCAGGGAUUGUUCUGUAGAAUUUUGUCCACCACUGUACAAUGCAAUGAAACACGGUCAGGUGAAUGUGCAGUACCAGUUACAUGUUACAUUGUCAUGCGUUAGUCUGCACGUGUUAGUGUCUUCCUUUAGUGGGGUUCUUUGUCUGGAGUCAACUAUGAUCAUUAUCGUUACACUACAAGUUUUUGUGGAGGUAGAGGAUGUUGUUAACAAACUCCUCCCAAUCCCUACCCCUCUUACCAAGCUUUGCGAAUGUGAUCGUGAAAGAUAUGCAAGUAUAUGUACAUGAAUGACACAGGCACGCGAUGAUAUAAAUGAAUAGUCCUGCAUUGUGUGAAAUUAGGUCUGUGACCCAGCCGAGCCAGACCCUCAGAAACAUGCUUAUCGGCCCAGGUACGGCCCACAGUGCGGCGUAUUUUGUCGGCCUGGAGCACACAGCCAAUAAGAAGCCCGGACCAGGCCCGGAGCGCACAGCCAAUAAGAAGCCCGGCAGGCCAGGUCAGGCCCGUGCAGGGCUCUAGUUCAGAUUUAACAAAGAGACCUCCCAUUUGGCGGUUUGUCUCCUCUUUCUGUCCAACGCACCACAUUCUUGUUGAAGUUCGUAAGGGAUCACUUGACACUGUUCUGCUGACUAUCAUUAUAUAGCUUGAACCGAUGCAAGAAUGAAAACUUUUGCGUGAUAUGACCCCUGCUGGAUGUCUGUUUGACUGCAGUCAGUUUUUGUCAGUGAAUAACAUUUCAGCAGAUAAAUUAAGUCUUUAGUGUUAAUUAAUGUCUGCAUGAUUUUGUGAGUGCAUUUGAAAACUGGUGGUGCAAUAGCAUGAAAAGGAACAUUCCAACUGAUCUCGAGCAGAUAUCGAAGUGUUCUAGCACCAUUAGCAUGCACUCAGUCCAAAUGUGAGACAGGAGAUGCUCCAUUGCUUGAGUACGACCUUCAAGGCACCUACCUUCAGCUUAGUUUCUGACUGAGCAAAAAGUCUGCGAACAAAUUCAGUACCUACCCUCACUACACGAUGGCAGCUCCUGUCGUACCACUAAAACCUUCCAUGCUAAAACAGCCCCAGUAGGAACAAAAAAUCUGUUUGACAACAAGUUUUAUGAAAAGCAAGAGCGAGCUAUGGGAAGCACUACAGAGAUCAAAUUAACAAACCAGGAACGAAAGCAAAGUUGCAGAUUGGAAAACUAAGUCUUUCUCUGUGGGCAUAUGAAUGGUCUUCUUUGGUUCUGGAAUGUUUCCUUGUCCCAUAUUGUGCAUAUGAAAGUGAACUUUUCAGGGAUUCCCACAAGAUCAUUAAAAAUGGCAUACGUGUCUACAAAUUCAGUAAAGACUUCCUACUCUGUCAGCCAGAGCAUGACGUGCGAAGAGUUUCUUACUAGUCCACCCUUUUUGGUUUUGUGACGUCUUUGAAAUUAUCUUUCAAAUGAGGUUCCAAAAAUAAAAAUUCAGUGUACAUGUUUA